UUUUAUGCAGAAGGAAUCUAUACACAGUUAGAUACAAAAAUGAAGGUUAUUUGCAGUGGAAUGCCCAAAACUGGGACGAAAACAAUUUGUACAGCGCUAAGAAUUCUCGGAUUGAAUGUUUAUGAUUUUGAGGAGCAGUUUUGGUACAUUGGUGACCGAUUGGUCAAGCAUUUAGACGGAGGAUGGACGGACGAUGAUAUUAGAGAAAUGUACAACGGGGUUGAUGCUGUAACUGACGUACCAGGGUGCACGUUGUGGGAAGAAAUUCUCCACGCCUACCCCGAUGCUAAGGUUCUUCAUAUGGAAAGAGCUUCCGAUGAAGACUGGGGGAAAAGUUUUCGAAAACAGAUUGGUGCCAUACGUGGUAACAUGUUGAUGAGGUUCCUUGUGACUUUAUCACCAACUGGGAGAAAACUUCGUCAAUUCUUCAACGCGUGUCUUCGGUGUCAAGCGUCGACCGUUCAGUUUUCCCCAUACUUUGAACCUCCGGUUAACGUCCCGUUGGCAAGAUUAAGAUACCGAGAACACAACGCAAACGUUCGCAGGGCUGUUCCAGAAGAUAAAAUUCUUUAUUUCUCGCAUUCUGAUGGUUGGGAACCUCUAUGUAAAUUCCUCGGUGUCCCUGUACCGUCCAAACCUUACCCCCACCGCAAUAAAGGGGGUGAAAUAGUAGAAGAAAUCGUUUCCGAGUCCUACGUGUUCGUUCAGAUUAAAAAAGAAGUUAGAAUAGCGCUAUCCCUCCUAGUGUUAGCAAUUGCGCUUCUUUCUUAUUUCUUUCUCUUCUAAUAUUUCGUUAUUCUGCAAAGUGACAUGCAUUUCAAGGUGCAAAAAUAUGUUUCAUUUUAAAAGUUAUACAAAUAUUUUUAUUUUGGCUUAGAGCAUGUAGCUAAUAAAGCGAAAUAUGUCCCAAGAAAUUUCGUCAAUGUACUGUAUUUACACGUUUUCCAUCUUUUCUGCAAAAUUUAUUCAAACUAAAUGAGUGUUUAACACAAUGCAAUUACUUACACUGUCUCACAAUAAAUCGUUAUCCCACGCAUA